AUGGGUAUGUGUUAGAACAAACCAGCAGAAUAUAAUUCUAAAAUUCCACAAGUAGAGAAUGAAAUUCUUGAUGAUGAAGAUGCUGAAGACAAUAUUGGAGAAACUACUGAAUUAAUAAUUGAAAGUGAAAACGGAAAUCCUAAAACUAAGCUUAAUCUUUCUGAUUUUGAACUAAUCAAAGUAAUUGGAAGAGGCUCAUUUGGCAAAGUUUUAUUAGUAAAAAGAAAAGCAGAUCAAAAGUUGUAUGCAGUAAAGAUUUUAAGGAAAAAAUUGUUACAAAAAAAGAAAUAAUAAGAAUAAGCACUUUAAGAGAGAAAAAUAAUGUCUUUAGUUAAUAGUCCAUUUUCUGUUAAACUUCACUAUGCUUUUUAAAGUUCAUCAAGACUCUAUAUGGUUAUGGAUUUUAUGAUAGGUGGAGAGCUAUUUCUUCAUCUUAGAAAAAGGUAAAAAUUUAGUGAAGAAUGGACAUAAUUUUAUGCAGCUGAACUUCUAAUUGCACUAGAUUAAUUACAUUAACAAAAAAUUAUUUAUAGAGAUUUAAAACCAGAAAAUAUACUUCUUGAUAAAGAUGGACAUAUUGUUCUGACUGAUUUUGGAUUAUCAAAAUUGGGAUAUGAAAUAAAUGAAAUUACAUAUUCGUUUUGUGGUACACCAGAAUAUGUUGCACCUGAAAUCCUAUAUUGUAAUAGUUUUAUUUAUGAUUUAUUAGAAAAAGGACAUAAUUAUAUUGUUGAUUAUUAUAGUUAUGGAGCUUUGAUAUAUGAAAUGUUAAGUGGAGCUCCACCUUUUUAUUCAAAAAAUAAAAAAGAAAUGUUAAAAAAUAGAUGUGAAAAACCUUUAGAGAUGAAAUCUUGCUUUUCACUUUAAGCAUAAUCUUUAUUAAAAGGACUUUUAACUAAAGACGUAAAUAUCAUUAUAUAAAUCAAGCCUGGAUUUCGAUUAGGCUCAAAUGGAAUAUAAGAAAUAAAAAAACACAAUUUUUUCAAUGGAAUAGAUUGGUUAUUAGUUGAAUAAAGAAAACUAUAGCCUCCUAUUAUCCCUAGAAUUUAACAUUUAGAAGAUUUGUCUAAUUUUGCUCCAACAUUUUUAUAAUAACCUUUAAUAGAAACUCCAGAUUCUUAAUAGGAUGUUUAUUUUGAAGGAUUUACUUAUUAACAAGAAUUUUGAUA